GCUAUUACGUCUGACUAUAAACUGACUACAAGGUAGUGAGUGACUCGCUGUGCCAUUGAGAGAUAGAGCUUCAAAGCUUGAACAUUUGUACGCGUACUCACUACACUAUGUAUAUGUUUAUGCCAGCUGGGACACCGCGGUGUAGGGUCAAUGGGUAUGGUUAGUAGCACUUCUGUGGAUCAUGAUUUCUACUACACUCUUCCCUCCGUCAUCCACCAAUUGACAUGACUUUUGCUUAUGUUACAGUUGCACCUCUCCCCAGAAUUUGCAUCGCAAAUUGCAGUCAGAACGAAGGGCCGAGAAAACUGCAACCGAAGAAAUUGGACUCGACGAAUUUGUAUAAACACAAGAGAAAGGCGGUGAGCAAAGGUCACCUUGCUCUAAGUUUUUCUUCGGCACUUACUACAAGUAUUCACCCAUCAUGACUCCAUUGUCCCACGAAGACUCCUCGUCCAGUAGACCCUAAGAAUAAAGGACGCCUAAUAUCUGAUAUGAUACACGUACAUUCAACCAAAUAUGACACAGACCAUGCCCAAUUGUAAGCUGUUCGUUUCCGAAGCUCCAUGACAGGGAAUCCGAAUGCUGGCAGGUUCCUGUGGCUAAAGUCAUGGGUAGUGAGUUAUGUCAGGAUGAGU